AUUUUAUAUAUGAUCAUAACGAGAUGACGACGACAUUACGCAGAUCGUCGAGAAGGAGCACUCAGGCUAGUGAUGGAAAAGUGAAUACUAUCGUUGCUUUGCCUGAAAAGAGAAACGGAGCAAAGUCCGCCGCAAAGGCUUCAGCAAAAGAGGUUCAAAAUGAAGCAAAGGAUAAUACCAUUUUGGUAGUGAAAGGGAAAAGGAAAGCAAAGGAUGAGGUGUCUGAAGCAAGUCCACCAGUCAAUGCUGCAAAAGCUGCCAAAACAGCAGACGAAGAAGUCUCCGGCGAAGAUAGCUUUGAUUCCGUAGAAGCGAAUCGAUUAAAGCAAAUGCUUCAUUAUGAACGACAAAUUAUCGAGGGUGAACGAAAGCGACUUGCAAUGGAAGGCUGCAAAGAUAUUGUUGAAGCGAUGAAAAGAUUCGCAAUCAUUGGAGUUGAUGAAGUUGGAGUUGGACCAUUAGCAGGACCAUGCGUAAGCGGAGCAGUUGUUUUGAGUAUAGGAGUUGCAGAUGCAAAAUCAAAUUAUAAUUUGGCAAAUUUGGCCGGCAUUAAUGAUAGCAAAAAACUUAAACCUGCUCAAAGAGAAGCUUUGGCAAUUCAAAUUAAACAGUAUAGUAUGGCAAAUAAUCUCGGCAUUUGUACUUCACAGGAAGUGGACACCCUCAAUCCAAGAGCGGCAUCGAUGGAAGCAAUGCGAAGGGCAGUGACUGGAUUAUUGGAAGGUCCUUUGGCAGGCUAUCGUGUUCAUCUUUUGGUAGAUUAUCACACCGUUCCUGGAAUUGCAGACACGAUCGGACAAACAUGUUUAGAAAAAGGUGAUGCAAAAUCACAAUCAAUCGCCGCUGCUUCUAUUAUUGCAAAAGUGUAUAGGGAUGAAUAUAUGCUUCAACUUCAUCAAUCUUAUCCGCAUUUUGGAUUCGAUCGAAAUGCCGGUUAUGGAACGGCAGCACAUAUGGCAGCUCUGAGAAGUGGUUUGAUUUGUCCUGAACAUCGGCUUUCAUUCACGCCUGUCCGUCUGGCUUAUGAAAAGAUUCAACAAGGAAAAGAUACGACAGAGGAAAGCAAAGCUGAUGUAUCUACUGCAACCGAGCUAAUCCGUUCCGAUAGCCAGAAGGAGAAUGAAUUAACCGAAGAAGUCGAUCAGAAGGUUACCGGUCGAUCGGCAGGCAGAUCCUCCCGCGGGAAACCAUUACGAGCAUCGCGAAAGCCGAACAAGAAAUAAAAAUGGAGCUGUCCUGUCACCUUAAAUUACAUGUACAUUAUGCAUUACACUUGUUACAAAUACAGUAUGUCAAUUACGACCAUUAUCUCAACGAGCUUGCAACGCUAGCCUUUGCUUUACUCUCUGCUCGUUUCUCUUCCCUCUGCUGCCUUCUGAUCUCCUCUCCUUUUCUGACUGUUUCCCGUAAUUGUUCUUCCGUCAAGCCAGGCUCUUCGAAUCGUUCAUAUUGAUCCUUUGCGAGAUCUGCUUCAUAUU